GGUUCAAAUGGUCAACCUAUGCAGAGAGAGAUGCAGAGACUUUUUACAAUUCCUCCUCCCCGACCACCACCACCACCUCCUCCACCGUUCCUUUCCCUUAUUCAUUCCUUUGAUUAAUAAUCAUACAUAGCCACCCACCUACCCAACCGCAACCCCAACCCCAACCCCAACAAUAAAAGUCUUCAUCAUUCUCUUCCCAUUCCUCCUUAUUCUUCCCUCCCCCCUCAUUUUCCUCCUCACACUUCAUUCACCUCCAAACCUUACAACAAGUUACCCUCACCACACCAGAACCCUUGUAUUCUUUUUCCUUCACAUCACAAACCCACAUAAUAUUUUCACAAACAUAGAUGGGUUUUGACGAUGAUCUCUGUAAUAACCCAGGCCUCGUUCUCGGUUUAGGUUUCACAUCUUCAUCAUCGGCUGCUGCUGUGGAAACUCCGUCGAUGGCUGAUAACCAGAGGCCGAAUAAGCUCGAUCAUCAUCAUCGGUUGGCGAAGAAGGAGGCGAUAAGUUUGUUCGAGCCGUCGCUGAGUUUGGGUCUCUGUGGUGGAGAGACUUAUAAUCAAAUUCAAGAAGCUAAUAAAGGUUGUAAUAACGAGUCUGCUGAGUUGUUGUUGUAUCGUCAAGACAGUGGUACAUCGUCGUUCUCUAAUGGGAGUGUUGUGAAGAGGGAGAGAGAGGUUGGGAGUGAAGAAGUAGAGAUAGAGAGAGUCUCUUCAAGAGUUAUAAGUGAUGAAGAUGAUGAUGGUGGUAGUGCUAAUGGAAGAAAGAAACUUAGACUCAAUAAAGACCAAUCUGCCCUUUUAGAGGAAAGCUUCAAGCUACAUAGCACUCUUAAUCCUAAACAGAAACAAGAACUGGCGAGGAGGUUGAAUCUAAGGCCUAGACAAGUUGAAGUUUGGUUCCAGAAUCGGCGUGCCAGGACAAAGCUGAAGCAAACUGAAGUGGACUGCGAGUUAUUGAAGAAAUGCUGUGAAAAUCUAACAGAUGAGAACAGAAGGCUACAAAAAGAAUUACAAGAACUCAAAGCACUGAAACUGCCCCAACCCUUCUACAUGCAGCUGCCAGCCGCCACCCUCAGCAUGUGCCCCUCCUGCGAAAGGAUUGGCUCCGCCUCCGCCGCCGCCGACACUACUUCCAAGAUCAGCAGCCCAUUUGCAAUGGCUCCAAAGCCUCACUUCUUUAAUCCCUUCACUAAUCCAUCAGCAGCUUGUUAAGUCAUUUAUUUGUAAUUAUUACUAUUAUAGAGAGCCCUCAGAGCCCUAUCUUUUUUGUUGGUUAAGGGAAAAUAUAUUGUAUUUAGUGAAAAAAAAAAAUAUAUAGGGAAGUUGAUUUCAUAGAAAAUAGAAAUUUUACUAAUCAAUCUGAUCAUCCUGUUUUUAUUUAUAUAUAUAUAUAUAUAUAUAGGUGUUUGUAAAUUAUUAAAGAAGUAUACAUGUGUGAAGGGAUUACUGUA